AUGAACGAUAUACCUGAAAUUCCUGUCGUUGAAGUUCAUCACAGCAGUUUUUCACGCAUUUCAGCUGAUGUCAAAGAUUGCCUUUGCGAAUAUUGCAAACAAAAUAGCAUUUUCGAUUUGUUUCGAAUCAAAAAUCGUAUUCAACGAAUUUUGUGGAUCUUCAUAAUUUUUCUACUUGUAAUUGCUUGUUACUUAAUGAACGUAAAACUCUUUCAGGAACGACAUAUUUUCAUCGUAAAUGAAGAAGAAAAGCUUUCGACUUACGACAUUCCUUUUCCCGCAGUUACAGUUUGCACGGAUGUCAAAGCAGAUCAUCGAAAAUUCAAAUUUUUGUAUACUUUUAAUAGAAUUUACAAUGUUAGCCAAGAAGAGAUUAUCAAAUACUUGUUAUUAGAACGAGUUUUGUUUCCUGAUGUCACAAGUAGACGUUUAAUAAAUCCAGCUAUAGGAGGCGAUACUUUGCAUAGACCUCCAAUAGAUGGCGCUUUAAGCAGAAUUCAUGAGUUGGGAAUUAAAGAAGAAGAUUUAAUCGUACAAUGCUCAAUUGAUAAUCAGAAGAAAUGUAAAUGGACUAAAAUUUUAACUCCUGAUGGGCUUUGUUAUUCUUUCAAUUUAAUCUCAUCUAAAGAGAUGUUUCAACCAAAUAUUGAGCAUAAGCAAUACGAGGAUAUGGGCAUCAGUUCCAAAGGAUGGUCAUCAAAUGAAGGAUAUGCUAAUAGACAUACUAAAGAUACAUAUCCAAUGAGAGCUGAAAGACAUCAAUUGAAGUUUCGUCUUAAACUUGAUACUAAUGACUUUGAAAAUAUUAGUCCGAAAAUUUAUUUGAAUUUAGGAGUUUUUAAGGGUUUCUAUAUCUACGUUCAUCAUCCCAUGGACUAUCCAUAUGAUAUUCAAAAUCGCGUUUUCAUUCCAACUAAUUCAAAAUAUGAUCUAAAGAUCAUUCCUGAUCUUAUGCUUGCCGAUAAGUCUUUGAAAAAAUAUGCUAUGAAAACACGAAAAUGUAGCUUUGGAGAUUCUGAUGAGACGAACAUAAAAUUUUUCAAUCAUUUUUCAAUUAAUAAUUGUCUUUUGGAGUGUGCUGCUAAAGAAUCUCUCAAAUUCUGUGAAUGUGUUCAAUUUUUCAUGCCAAAUGAAAACAAAACAAUUUGUGGGCAAUCCGAACGUCAUACUCAACAUUGUUACAGACAUUCAAUUAACAAUAUGAUAACUCUCGAUUUACUGAAGAUGCAAAAUUUUAAUUUCUCAGGGAGUGUUUGUAAUUGCAUUCCGCCAUGUUCGUAUCUAUCGUAUACAGUUUACGAAAGUAUGAUUGGAGAUUUGAAAAUUUCAAAUGGUUCUUUUCAAUUCAGUGAUGUCACAAUACGGUUUGCAUCUACAAAGUUUAUUCCGAAGCGUCGUCAGGAGUCGAGCAGUGACUUGGAUAUGUUGGCAGCAAUUGGAGGCGCCUUGGGACUAUUUAUUGGGGCGUCAGUUAUUAGCAUAAUUGAGUUCUUUUAUUACUUUUCGUUCAAAUUGUCAAUGCGAAUCGUUUUUGGUAAUAAAGUUUCUUUAGAUUAG